GGGCAAUGUCAACCAGCUUUGCGUUAAUGCAAAACCCACUCCCAGCAGGAAAUCCAGCUACUCAAAAUCCGGCUGAAAACUCAACCACGGUACAAAAUAUACCACUAGCUGAAAAUCCAGCACCGACCCCGGAAGGCGAUCUCAUAUCAUUUGACGAAAACCCACCGACGCACCAGCCAACCCAGCCGAGAGAGGCAAGCGCGCCGGCAGUCGACCUUUUAACUGAUUUAACGAUAGAUGAAUUAAUAAAACGGCUAUCAAAACCGGAAAUAGAUAACGAAAAAGAUAGCGAACCAAGUGAUUCAGAAUAUGAUACCGCUGAAGAAGAACCAGAUAUUCAUUUCGAAAAAAUUAAGGAUCCAUACAUUAAUAGAAUAGCAGAAGCCGGAAAAUUUAAUGAAGGUGAGGUAUUAGUAUGUGAUUACUAUGCAUUCGUGCCAAAAGGAUAUUAUGCAGAAAACAAACCACUAGGUUUCUUUGAAUCAAUCGAAGAAAAGAUUGCUAAUGUUUACAAAAGAGAGUUGGCUUUAAAGGGUGGAUUAAAGCAUGAAACAAUUGAAAUUAUCAGAGAAGACCGAAUUGGAGCUGUUAUAGAAAAGGGAUAUAAUGAAAUUAUUGAUCAGAUCGAAAAUGAAGCAUUACAAGAAUCAGGAUGGACAUUUGUUCGAGCAGAAGAAGUAUUUCUUGAAAUUAGUGCAUUCAGACCAUUAAGAGUACAUCAUGCAAGAGAAGAUGCAUUAAAAGCAGGGCAAAAACCAACACAUCUUGAACGAAAUGAAGUAUUUGGAAAAAUAAAAGUAGAUAUAGACCCAUUACGUAUUUCAGAAAGAAAUUAUCAAGUCGAACAUAUGAUAGAUUUAACAGAAGGUGAAGAGAAUUUAAAUGAUCGAAAAAACAAAAAUGAUGUGCCAGAAGGAUUAAAAACACAUUAUGUAUUUAUAACAAAUUUUACUCGAUUAAUGCGACCAAGUAAAGCACCACAACGAUUAAUCCUUCCUGAAGAGGGUAAAAAUUAUGUAAAACCAAAGUAUAUCAAAAACAUGCUAAUGAAACCUUAUAUAAUCAAUAUGGAUUUAGAAGCAGAAGAAGUUGAAGUGGAGGGAAAAUAUAAAGAAGGAAAUACUAUAAAAUUAGCGGAACACAAAGCAGUUUCAUAUGGAUAUACAAUACAUUGUUCAGAUGGAACUACACAAAAGCCAGUAAUUAAUCGAACGUCAGAAAAUAUAAUAAAAGAUUUAAUAGAAAACCUUCAAGAAGAUCUAGACGUUAUUUUAGAUAAGCUUCGCAUUCCAGUUCCAUGUGAAAAAAUGACACCUGAAUUAUGGCGGAAAUAUCAAAUGGCAAAUAAGUGUUGGAACUGUGAAGAUAAAUUACAUGAUAAUGAAGCUGGAUAUAAUAAAAUUUGUGUAUUUGAUCCUGAAACUAAAAAAUACUUAGGUGCUUCACAUAGGAAAUGUUACAGAAAAUAG